UUCAUCUUGACUUUGAAUCAGUCUGUCUUUGGCGCUCGAUCGAAACGUACGAAUAACUUCUUCUUCGUUGGUAAAACUUAGAAAGUAAAAAAUUUUAUCAAAACCGAAAAAAUAAAAGUAAACUCACCAAAAACAAGUGAACUCAAGUGAAAUAAAAUACAAGAAAAAAAGAAAAGAAGGACUGUGUUGCUUAUCGCGUGCAUAAAGAAACUGUGGUAUAGCAGCUAGAGAUAAUAUAAUAACAAUAAAAACAAAAUAAAACACUUGAAAAAGUUUCGGCUCUUGCCUUGCAAUUAGCGUCCGGGAGAAAAAGAAUAAUCCCAAAGUGAUCAAUAUUCAUAAGAAUCUAGCUCGAUAUCUACAUACAUACGUGUGUGUGUGUUUUUUGCAACCUACCUUCUUCGUGUUCUACGCCCAAUAUCGAUUGCAACGAAACUCACUAAGCACACUUUCCUGCUAAGUGAAGUGGCAGCAAACACCGGACAUCGAUCAGAAGAAGGAAAUUCGUUCUCACUUAUAUAAAUUACGUGAAUCGCGUUUACGUGACCUAUAUCAAGGCGAAAUCAUGGCUGGCAACUACGCUAAAGAUCCGUUGAACACAUCGCAUGGCGAUUCUUUGGUAGGUCAAAAUUUUCAGAGCUUAAAAUCAAAAGAAGUACGGGACUCUGUGAGUCCCAUAAAUGAUUUGAAGUUUCACUCGAUGACCCUCAAUCAUCCCAAUACAACUGGUUGGGAUGUGCAAACCUCAUCCGAGGUGAGUCCAGAUGGACGGGCAUACCGUACCGAAACCUUGGCGACUACAGAUGGCGUUGAAAAGAUUAAUGGCGGCACCGCUGAAUUCCGCGGUCGUAACGAACAACAUGCUAGUGCUUCGCACCAAGGCGACGAUAAGAAUUUCGUUAAGAAGGCAUCGGAAAGCUCGAAUACGCAUUUGCAAGAGCGUGUUGUGAUCGGCGAUGAAAAUUCCGGUCGCACAGAAAUGAAAACGAGUUCGACUACAACAUCCUCCUCGUCCCAGGUGACAUCCUCGUCAUCCACUGUCGAAUAUGGUGGUGCAGAUCCCAAUGAUGGUAGAUAUCUCAUGGAUAAUACUCAUCGCCAACAUCAAGAUCAACAUCACCAACGACUCACGCAGGAUCAGUAUAAUCAGCAACAACAACAGCUUCGGCGCCAACAACAAUUACAACAGCAAGAUUACGAACAGAACAUACAACAACAGCACCAACAACAUGUGCAGCAUCAACAGCAAGAGCAACGUAAUCGUCAAGAGUCCUCUACUAGCCGUAACGUGGAGACACAACAAACGACCGAGCAGAAUAGGCGUGUAGUAGAUAUGAACAAGGCUUCACCUGAAUAUCAACAACAUGUCCAGUACCUUAUGGCACAGCCUGGGGAGAUCAUCUCGAAUACGGUUGAGUAUCCGAAACCGAAUGUCAAGAUGAUCACCACCGUUAAACGUUUGCCUGACGGUACUAUUGUGAAGAAUAAGCGUUACGAAACGGAAGAGUUACGUCCCACAGUGGAUAAUCAACGCCAACGUACGACAUCUACAACAAGCCAGAGCAGCACUCAACAUAGAAAUGAACAACAGCGACGUGAACAGACAGAAAAUAAUGUCUACAAUCGUCAACAAAAUGUACGCAAUAAUGUACAUUCGAACACUACUCCAAGACGACCGGAACACGACGUCGUCGAUAAUGCCGAACCUUUCGUGCGCACGCCACACCAGCAAGAUUUAGUAGAAUCAUAUCCGACCGACCGUUUUGUGGAUGAGACCAGCAACGUCGAGACUAAAUUUUCAUCGGUGAAGAAAUCAAGUCGUCGCUUUUCAACUGAAACAACAUCAGAAACUAUUGAAGAAUUCUCAGACCAACCACCUUCUUCACAAGCACCUGGCAUCAGAGGUAAACCAAACAAUGAUUUUUCUACUCAUGGAUUUCCAUCAGUGAAAUCGAAUAAGCCCACUCAAGAAUAUCCAUCUGAGCGUCCACAAACUGGCUCACAGCCUGGUUUUAGUACUCAUGGAUUUCCUUCGGUGAGACCAAAUAAGCCAACGCAAGAGUAUCCAAGCGAUCGUCCACGUCCCUCUGAUGUGGAACUUAUAACUCAACGCACUGUGACCGACGCAAAUACAGUAAGGCCAAACACUAAUGUUACUACCACUAAAGAUGGUGAUGUGGUCAUUGUAAGUUCUGAAUCUACGCGCAGCUCCAAAUAUAAGACCAAUGCCGAGCGUAUUAUCGAAACUGAAGUUGUAGUCGAUGGAGAUUCUAAUUAUCCUAAUCGUGGGUUUCCCGCAGUAAAAGAACCAUCUACGGGAGGUAGAGAUUCACCAAGAUACGGUGCCCCUAUUAAGGAGCAUCCCAGUGGUCCAAUUAAACAAUCGCCAGAUUACUCAACAAGCGGUUUCCCAUCUACCAGAGAUGUGGCUAGACCGAAUUCGGGACAUCCAGAGCCUUCCAGAACUAUUGAUCAAGAUGGAAACGUAACAGUAGUGAGCUCGGAAACCAAGAAAACCAUUAAGCAUAAUACAAACAGGGAGCACAUUAUCGAAACAGAAAUUGCUGGUGAUCAUGAUCAUCAUACACCAUCGGGCUUACGUCAACCAGAUAAAAUUACAUUUCCGCCAACCCCUCAACCAGGCGAUUUUAGUACACAUGGAUUCCCUUCAGUAAGAGACGCUGCACCCACCAACGAUGCUUAUCGUCGCCAAGGUACACCUACACGUGAUUAUCCAAGUAGUCCUCGAAAGGCACAACCAACCGAAGAUUUUUCCACACACGGUUUUCCUUCUGUAAGAGAGUCGGCACCAGUUAGAGGGGGCACACCUUCACGCGACUACCCGAGUAGCCCACGUCAACACCAACCAACUGAAGAUUUCUCGACACAUGGUUUUCCAUCUGUAAGAACACCCAAUAAAUCUUCACCGGAUUACUCAACACCGAGUGGUGGCUUUCCAUCAACCAGGGAUACUAAUGCACCCAAACUUACGCCAACUCAGCCACAGAGAAUACAACCGACUUCAACACCCACACGCAAGCCGACAACUACAACAGACUCUUCUCAACGUCUCAUUUCAAAGGAGAGGGAUGUCGAUGCCACCCAUCGUGCUUUUGCCGCUUCCCUACGAUGCUCCUCACCAGUGGAUAGUACGGAUCAUCAUCGGACCACACCGCGUUCCAGUGUUUCAUCGACUAGGACAUUUCGACGAGAUGGCCGUGAAGGUUCCCAUGACAGCGAAACAAGUCGCAUCAGUUCGGGCACAGUUACGCGUUCUUCGCCAAGUAAGAGUGUUGGUAAAACUGUCGUUACAAAGCAAACUGUUGUUAAAACUCGUAACGUGAAUGGUUCUAACGAAACAAUUGAUUUAACACCCCAGCAGCGCCCCACAAAGUCGCCGUCUCCCACAAAGACCAUCACAACGACCACCACACGCACCACAACAACUAGAAAGAGUCCAGGAGAAGUGCCAAAACCAGAUAAUCAAAAAUCUAAGCCAGCCGAAAACACAUUUCCUAUUAUUAACGAACCACUAACCAUCACAAAAACUCACUUUACCGCAAAUGACGCCAGCUACCUCGGCAAAGAGGUGGUCGAGGAGCCAUGCUUAAAAAAACACUUUUACAAACUUGGUCCGUCCGACAAAGCAACAACAACAAACAAUGUUGACGAGAAGUCACCAUAUUCACCAGCACCAAGUAAUCACAUACAUCGCACUCAUCCCAAACCAAAAUCCCAAGUUCGGGAUGAUUUCGAAGAUGUUAACCACGAAGAGCCCAUCCAUAAACAACCACUAAGUUCAUACGUAAUCGAACCUAAACAACGUAAUCGUUCACCAUCUGGACCAAAUCGUCCAAAUAGUAGUCCGCAAACCAUUUGUCAACCAAACAAGAAAGAACCCAGUGUUGAGCGUAGGACUGUAGUGAGAGAAAGUGAAUUUGAAAAUACCGAUUGGCAAAAUACAAUUCUAGAUUCUAAUGAACCGCGAGAAAGCCGUCCCACAGUUGAUGAUUAUAUAACAGAAACACCAGUUGAUACUUCUGAUUUUCCUGUUGAAAGAGAAGAAACCAUUAAACGACCAGAUCAAAAAACUAAGAAGGAGAUUUUGACGAUUAAAGGUACCAGAAAUGAAAAAUUACAAAAUAAUGAAGAUAAUGUGGUAACAACCGAGUAUGUUGUAAGAAAGCCACUUGAGAAAGAGCCCAUUGGACCGGCCGGUAAGCGACCUACUGCGGGAAAACCAUUAGAUUCAACCGACAAGGGACCAAAAGAAGACAAACCACGCGAACCUGCAAAUAGAAGACCAUAUGAUAAAUAUCCCACAGAACAAACGGGAAAACCUAAAGCUUUAAGUCCAACAAGAAUAACUUCCGAUAUUACAACUUCAAACAAAACAACAACUUCUGUAAUAACAAGAACUACACAAGUUAUUGACGAUGAUACUGAACCACAACAAACAGUUAAGAAACCACAAACUGAGCGGAAACCGAGUGAUGCUGGCAAAGAAAAACCCAACGGCGUUGAUCGUAGUCCAACCAGAAAACCAACGAACCCAGUCACUCUCUCAAAUAUAACUUUGAAAACAGUGCGUAGAGAACACAAUGAGCCUGUGGGUAAAAUACCAACCGGUGUAUCUCCAAAAGAGCCAGUCUAUAAGAGUCCAUCGAACAAGAAACCUGAACUAAGUCCUACACGAAGAACAUCAGAAAGCAAGUAUUUAAAAACGAUUACAAAAGAAACUACUGGCACAGAUGAUACAUUUUUGGUAGAGGAAGAUCGACAACCACAUAUAUCGAAGAAAGAUGUCCCCAGGCCUUCAGAAACAAAUACAUCGAAAACAAGUUUUAUUACAACUACAAUCACAAAAACACGCAAAGAUAACAUUUCUCCGACUAGGACGAGUAAGCCCAAGGAUGUUCAUAAAGUACCUGUGGAAGAUAGACCAACUAAACCGUCGCAACAAAAGCCCACAUUUACCAAUACUAUAGAGCGCGAACCCAGCGAUGAGUAUCCUACACCUAUUAAAAGUGGACCAACUAAGCAAGUACCAACAAAAGAAACUCUUAAAUCAACAGACAUUAGAGGUGUGAAAACGCAAGUGGUAACAACUACUGACGAAUAUCGGUCUGCUCCAAAAGAUACAAAACCACUUACUAAAGAACCUUCAGAGCCAGAAUAUUGCGACGACGAUGAGCAUCCCAUUGGUGAAUACGAUAUUGAAGUAACCGAAAGUGUAAAACGUGAACCAAGUAAACCAAUUAGGACGACACCAUCCGAAUCUGAAAGAGUCAAACCAUCAAAGAAACAACACAAUACCCAAGUAGGUGAAGAAUUUUCGGACACUGAGAGCACGAGUUCUUCAUUUAUAAUGACCAAACCUAAAACUGUACGUCCAGAUGAACCACAAACAACUGAGAAAACGAUUACUGAUGAAACAAGAAGAGUGCAAGAGCUUUUUAAUAAAACCGAUAAAACAAAAGUUACUAAAAAUGUUAAUGAAGAAUUCAUAACCUUUGAACGACAGGUGCGAGAAAGAAGUCCUGUUAAUGAUACUCCUACAACAAAAACCGGACGAAAUGAACCGAAAAAACCUGAGGAUGUGAAAACAACUGAAAAGAAACCACGCAAACCAAUAUCCGAUGACGACGAUGGUGCAGAAAUACCUCAUCAGAAAUCGCCGAAACAGUUGAAGAAUAAGCCGAACCGUCUUGCACCUAAUGAGCCAAUCUCAGAACCAAUGGAUAAAUAUUUGGAACCCAAGUAUACGGACGAUGUAAAUACUUUGGAAAUAAGUUCAGUUACAACAACUUUAAAAACGGUUGAUCAAGACAAGUCUUAUUCCCCUGAAUAUCCUGAUAAAUCAAAUCAACCGAAAGAUAAGGAACCCAAAGGGUUGCAGCCAUCCGUUGCAUACGUGAGUGAGGACGAUGAGGUCCCACAGCAAACAUUUGAAUCAACCACAAUCAUUAGUACAAACAAAACUACUCGCAAAGAGAAUAUACGAACUUCCACAGAAGACGAUGAACCCGAAAUUGAUGGUCCUCGUGGUAAGAAGCCUACUCGUGAAGAAACUAAACCUGACAAUAACCGAAUCCCGUCACCAACACCAAAGGAUCAAACUUUCGACACUGUUACUACCACUACUACUACUACUAAAGUUACCAAGAACCUACCUGGCGAAAAAACAAAUGUAAAGCCUCGGGAGCCUUUCGAUAAACUUGUUGAAACAACUGUGGACGAAACUAAAAGGGUUGAGGAACUUUUUAAUACUAAUAAAACGAUACACACAAAAUAUAAUACUGAAGAAUUUAUUACUAUUGAAAGACAAAACAAAGAGACCCCAGAUGGUGCUUUCUUUUCGAAAGCACCUGAGCCCGAACCAAGUUCUCCAAGCUUUAAGAAGAAAGGUGUUAACCCAAGAGAAACCUUUGAGGAUCGUUGUCGUCAAAUAUUGGGCAUGGAAAACUAUGGAGACACCCCUGGUGUUUAUAAAAAGAAACCUGAAGGUGUACCCGAUCAAAAUGAGCCGAUUACCGUAAAUGUCACAGAGUUGGAAGUUAAAAUAGAGGACUGUGAAGAUGAUGAGCCCACUUAUCUAAAUAAUAUUAAAGAGUCUGUUAAGCCUCAGAAACCUGUUCUUUCCGAACCAUUUAAUAAACCCCAAAAGCCCGGAAACCGUAAUACUUUUGAUGAUGAAAUAGUUGAGGAAGUGGAAUGUGUUCGUAAAGAAACUGUGGUACCCUUUAAAAGAAGUUCUCCAGAUACAGUGCCCUCGACUGAUGUCAGUCGUAAAAAAACUUCGAUUUCUAAGACCGUUGUAAAUGAAGAAGAUGAUCUACACACGGUGUCCAAGAAGACUUCUAAAAAAGUUACUAAAACUUCCAGUACAUCAACGAAGAGGGAAAAACUACGUAAUGAUGAGCCAGAAGAUUCAUCAACCACCGACUCAGAGUUACCAGAAAAGGAAACGGACGAAGAGUCCCAGCCGGAUACAAUAGUGUCUAAAAGAGAUAUGCAAUAUACCGAAGAAGUAGAAAUAGAAAAUGAUUCAAAUGUGGUUGAGGUUUCUCAAAACCGAAAAAUCUCGAAAGAAAAACCUUCUAGUCCUAAUAGAAGUCCGACCCGAAAGCCUACUGAACCUCAAGUUAAUCGUAAAACUUCUCCCGUUAGACAACAUCCUUCUGGCUCUUCCACGAUUACAGUGACUAAAACAAUUGAAACGAAAGUGCGUGAACCCAAUAAGCCUUCAAAAAUCACAAAUGAAAUUAAGCCUGUUGAAAAGACACCAGAGAAGCCAGAUGUUAGAAAAGACAGGCCAACAUCUCCAACAAAGCUGCGGUCCGAACGUAUUCAAAAAGUGAAUACGACUUCCGAGAAAGAAUAUCGAAAGACGACAAAGGAAUCUCCAACCCCCACAAUCAAAGAUCGAUUACGUUCUGCCACCCGAAAUAAGAAACCUUCUGAAUCUCAGUCUGAUUCUUCACCUGAUGUUAGUCCUUCACGGUUUACAGAGCGAAGACGUUCAAGUAACAUCUCUGUACACACUGAAAUAAUAAUUGAUCAUUCUGCACCGAAAUCUCCUAAACCCACUGAAAAGAGUCCAGAGAAACAUACGCCUCAGGUAAAAAAAACUAAACCAACAGAUGCCACUUCACCAAACUCAAAACCGCUACGUCGGCUUCCUGUAACAGAACGAAAAGAAUCUGCACCGGUACCGAAUGUUACUCGUAAAGAAAAGGAUGCGAAAAUGACUCGUUCAACAAGUGAGAAAGUUAUGAAGGUCACUGACAAACCGGCAAAACAAACUGACGUGCAUACAUUGGCACCAAGUCCCACACCGAAGAGUGAUCGUAGACCCAAUAAAUGCUUCAGCACAAAGACGAUAAACUUGACCACUACAGAUAAACUAAUAAAUAGCGAAGAAAUGGAAAAUGUUAUAAUAGAUAUACAACACGCAAAGAGUUCUCGUGAGCCAUCACCAGAUAAAAUUGUGCCUACACCGGUACCGGUGCAUUUGGAUACGGGUAAACCUCGUUAUCCGGAUGUUGUACAAGAACCUGAAGAUGAGCCACGUAAAAAACCGAUCAUCACCAACAUACCGAUUUUCGAAGAAGAAUCUAACGAAUACAUCAAAUGUCAUAUAUCGGAGGUAAAGACAGAUAAGAUUUCGAAAUUGGUAGACUUGGAUGAGGAUGAUAUUCUGGAUAAUCCUACAAUUGAAGCUCCAAAAAGUCUUGAUUAUCCAUCGAUUGAUAGACCUGAUGAUGAUUGUCUUUUAAGCGUUCAUGAGAAGGUCUCAAAAUUCACACAUACAGCUGAAGAGAUUAAGAAACCAAAAGCAUCCAGUCCAUUCAGUAGAGAGUUCGAUAAAACACCCAAGGUACCAGAAAAUGAUGAAUGUUUGUUGACAGUUGAUGAGAAAGUUACCAAAUUUAUUAAGACAGCAGAAGAAGUAGCGAAGCCAAUCACUCCUGUACGAGAGGUUGAGCGUCCUAGUUAUACCGAUUUGGACGAAGAGCUACGAACGGAUGAUUGCACCUUGUCGGUUUCUCAAAAGGUUAAUAAGUUCUUGAGUACUGCAGAAAAAUUGGCACCCACUGCACCACAAAGGUCACCGGAAUUAGUGGCUAAGAUCGAACGAACUAUUUCCAAACAGAGUGAGCCAGACUAUCCCGAAGGACUUAGCGAUGAUGAACUUACACCAUUUUCACAGAAUCAUACAAUCGAGAUUGAGAGAAGACGUCAAAAAGAUAUACUUUCUCGCCCAACUGUGUUUGAAAACACAACAAAAACCGAACAAACUAAUGAUUGCGCAGAAGCGGUACGGACCAGAGUUGAAAAAACUACCACAGUAGAAGAAUACGAGGAAGUAAUUCCUCACACAAGAGAUCAUACUACAAAAAUUGAAUUGAAACGACAAAAAGAUAUUUUGUCCAGACCAUCAGUUUAUAAUCAGAAUGUGAAAGGGAGACCACAGUCGCCCAACAAAAAGGAACCCACUAGUCCAAGUAAGCAUCAACCAACAACAAACAUCAAAACAAGGCAGACGGAGUAUACAACACGGAAAAUGAUCAGAGAGGACAGCGAUAAAAUUGAACCUAAAGGCGAGCGUAAACCAACUACUCCAGUAUCCAAGCCAGAUAGCCGUAGACCCACGAAACCGCAAGCUUCGACUGUUGCUGUAACCAGAUCUCGUUUUGAAACUCCCGAUAACAGAAGGAAUGCACCAAAAUCUCCUAUUGAACCGAAAACUUAUAGAGUUCCCGCUCAAAUUACCACCGGUCGUAAACCGUCGAGCGAACCAAAGACAACUGGUAGAAAACCAUCAACGGAAUCAAUCACUAGUGCUUCUCGCCCAAACAGAAGUAAACCAACUACUGAACCUGAUAGCCAUUUUGAAGGAAAGAAACCAACUACUGAAUUCGAAAUCAAUGUCAAUGAUUACGAGACCGUCGAAUCUGAGACGGAGUUUACAUCAACAACACGCCGCAGAAGCUCAUCAAAAACAAAAGACUAUUUAGAGACGGUGCAGACAGAAAUUGAACGGUUUUCUCCAAUCCAAAAAGAAUCUCCAACUCGAAAAACUUUCCCGCAGGAAAAACAAACACCCCAAACUUUCUCACACAGUCCUACUCGAAAAGAUACAACUAGCACCACCAAAGUUACUCACGUAACCGAGCGCACAAACAAGCACAAUUCAGAUUCUUCUGAUAUUGAAAUCGUUGAAACUAUUGUAGAACGUCCAGCACAAUUAAAGGCACCAACACCUACGCCAACUACCGUCGGCCGUACACGUAUAGCACCAGAUACGGUUGCUGCUCGCCGCAACAUUUUCGAAAAUAAUACCACUCCGAAGGGCCAAAGGCCAAUAGAAAGCAACUCGCCGUCACCUGUUGGUAGACGUCCAUCAUAUAUGGAUCACACAGUCAGCUCUUUGGAACACAUACGACGCGAUUCACUAGAAGUGAAUAAGCAUAACUAUUCACGCAAGAACUCGGUUGAAUCAGAAAGCAAUUAUGAGCGUCGACCAAAUGCUGCGGUCAAAUUUGAUGUGCCACAUAAGCCACAGCGUACUGCUAGUAUUCCUGAAGAUAUUGAUGUUGAGAAUAUUUUCGAAUUAGAAGUAUUGGAGCGUCUUUUGGAGACAGUGACCUCAUAUGAGCUGAGACGCAGGAUUCGUGCGCAAAUACGUUUGGUUAAGAAAAACACACUCAACACUACUGUGGUUGACAAAAGGAAAACCGAAACUAAAGCAUCUAAUUCCAUUAGAUCAACUCACAAAACAUCUACUUACAAAUCAAAUGCGCAUCAUGAAGAAACUGACACCAUUAAUGAGGGCAUAAAAACGAAAACACCAUAUGACAAUAAAGGUAGUCCGAAGCGUCCAGUUCAAACGACUAAGGUGGGUAGAACUACUCAAAGUGCACCACAAAACUCACCAUAUAGUACUGAGGAAAGUCCAAGAUCGUACAAUAAACUACACCGCGAACAAGAUGUGACCAUCAAAACCGCACAUGUGACUAAAGCUCCAAAUGGUGGCACUGAAAGUCCUGAUCGUCCCCGAAAACCUGUGUACGAACGCGAUCAUAGUCCCGAAAUAAAAACUUCGCAAGAACAAGUGAAAGAAGUACGUCGUGUAUCGGGUUCCUCGAUGUCCACACAUAAGGAAUAUGUACAUAGCGAGCAGACGGACUACUCAGAAGAGCGUGUCAACAGCUGUCGUCGUCAUGUUGAACAAAGUUCCGAAUGGUUUGAGAAAGAUCAUACACGCGAACGUAGUUAUAGUCCCGAAUCUAAGAGCCCUGUUAGGGACGGCAGACACAGUCAAGAUAUUAAGAUUAAAACUUUGUCUAGCACACGCACCAGAAGCCCAGAUGACAGAAAACCAACAACGCAACGCACAACCAGUCCAAAAGGAAGAACGCCAAAACAACGUGAUGAUUUAUACAACAUUACCAAGGUAACAACAGUUAAAACCACACGCUCACCCGAACGUAAAUCUAGUAAGCCGAAUGCAGAGGAGAGCACCCCCAUUUGGGCGGAUCGUAAAAAUCUGCUGAAGAGUCCAAGUAGCGCACCACGUAAAGUGACAGCCACGCCGUCAACGCGUAACACGGCCACGAAGAUCACCACAUCGAAGACAAUGAGCCAACGCCAAACUCAGAAUAGAAACUUCGAAGAAGAUUCAAUCACCUCGAGUUAUGGUAUUGGUCCAACAGACGAGAAUGGUUUGCCUUUGUUCGGCAUUAAGGCAUUGAAGAAGAAGAAGCCGAGUCAGCCCUGUGAAGCAACUGAAGAAGUCACAGGCUAUGUUAUCGAGGAGAAGUAUUAUUCGGAUAGCAAAACAAAGCCGAAAGUUGAGCGUAAGGAAUACAUUUAUUCAACGAAUGCCGAUGAACUCGAAGAAAUCCAGAAAUCUAUUGAGCAGAGCCGUAAAUCUUCAGAGGACAAUGUAGAUGUUGUCAGAAAAGUUGAGAAACUCGACAAGGAUUAUAUUUUUGACAAACCGGAAGCCAUAUUGCCAGACACAGAGGACUUCACUACAACGUCCAGCAAAUAUGUGCGCCGUGGUUCGGUGAAAGAGUUGAGUGAGAAAUUCAUACGCAAAGAGUCUUCACAAUCGGUAACAGAAAAAUCUGGUGGCUAUCCGAAGGCCGGUUUGAUUCUACGCACCAGUCGUGGUUCCUCAUCAGAACCAAGUGGAGAUGGUUACGAAAUAACUACUGAAAAAUAUACGACAACAUCGAGCAGCACAGGACAUGGUUACCGCGGCGACUCCGAUGAUGAACAAAACGUGCAAUUGCGUCAAAAGCAAACUCGCGGCAUUUUCACCGACUACGACGACGACAAUGACGCCGAUCAAUGUCACUUGACUACUCGUUCGUCGAAGUCCACACGUUCGUUCCUGAACAGCAGCGGCGAAACUAAAGUGGUAACCAGUGUUAAUGAUGCGCUGGAGCGUAUGCGUAAUGCGGAUUAUGUUGCUGAGGACGGCGAUACGGCUGAGGAUCGCGAGGCGCGCUCAUUGUUGAAUAAAUUUCUAGGUGCCAGCGUUAUAAUGAAGGGUGUCGAAAGUGUUUUGCCAACAACUAAACAAACAACAACUACCACGAUUACGAAAACCUCAUACGGAGAUGGUGAUGCAGGCGAUAGAGAUCUACUGAAGAAUAAAGGGGUGAAGACCACUCUCAUAACGAAAACGACCAAAUCUGGAAGCUCUUCAACACCAGUUACCCGUACAACUUGUGAUAUCGAGGAGAUCUGGGACGAAGAAAUCUUAAAGGAAUUGCUUGAACAGGCCACAACAUACGAAGAACGCCGGAAGAUACGCGCGCGUCUACGAGAUUUAAUGGCGGAACGUGAAGAGAAAAAAGAUAUAAAAUCGGGUGAUAUAUCCGAAAACGUUCCAGAAGUCGAUGAGAGCAGUGCUAGUGAGUACGAGGAGAUCAUUGAAGAGGUCACUGUUACCGAUUACAGUGACGCUGAAGCCGAUCUAGGCGAGGAAGAAGCUUUUAAUGCAAGUCAAAACAUUGUUAGUGAAACUAAAGCACCAGCAGAGCAUAUAGAUAAUAAAGAAAAGGAAGCUGAGACAGAAGAAGUUGAAAAAGUUGAAAAAGUAAAUGAUACUAGUGUUUCUGAGAAUGUGAAAGAAGAAAAGGUAGAGGAGAUCGCUGAAAAACUUGAAGAAGUAAACGUAGAAGCAAAAGAAAGUGUUCCCGUAAAAGAAACUGCUAACAAAGCGGACGUUGCAAGCGAUAGUAAGAAUUCAAACUCCGAAAAAGAGUCUGAAGCUGAAUCGAGUGUCGACAAAACCGAUUCGAAAUCCGCCGAUGACGAUAAGGAGCAACAAGCUACAUCGACCACCGAGAAAACGGAAACUAAGGAAAAGGAUGGCGCUGUUGUCACCACAACAACAAAAGUUACAACACGCACAGUAACUGGCGCUAGCAACUCAGCAGCGAAGCCAGUUUCACCGUUUGCGAAAUUCCGUCAACUGGACAAACAGAACUCACAACAAUCCCCAAAAUCACCGACAACACCCACCACUCCCGGGGGCACAGCCUCACCUUCUGGUUCCGCACGUAUAUUCCAAUUUACUGAUCCGGCAUUAAAUGCACGCGCCGCCACUGUGAAGGAGCAACUUCUGCAGUGGUGCCAAUCGAAAACACAGGAAUAUGAGAACGUCCAAAUAACUAACUUUAGUGCCAGCUGGUCAGAUGGUUUAGCAUUUUGUGCUCUAAUACAUCAUUUCUUGCCAGAUGCCUUCGAUUAUAGUAAAUUAACACCUAAAAACCGAAGACAGAAUUUUGAAUUAGCUUUCACUGUGGCCGAUGAGAAAGCCGGCAUAGCGCCACUACUCGAUGUCGAGGAUAUGGUAGAGAUGAAACGACCCGACUGGAAGUGUGUUUUCAUCUACGUGCAAAGCAUCUACCGUCGCUUCCGUAAUUGCCAGUAAAAAAACGCUUUAUGCGAUUUAAAUUAAAAAAAAAAUCACAACGAAACAACAACUUCGACAUCCAGAACUCUUAAUCCGGUCACCAAACAACCACAAAUAAUCCAUAAAUACUAAUCCACCAAUGCCAUGUCGAUGCCGCACACCAAAAGCGUUGACUUUACUAAAAAUAAGCCGAAAUACAUAAAUGGUUAGGGCACUACGAGCGUUUACAGCGUUUAAACAUUUUCACUAAAAAAAUAUUACUGCAAAAUUUGUUUUUUAAUUUAUUGGUUAUAUAAAUGUUAAAAGUGAAUUGUGCAAAUCACAAACCGAUUUUACUACUUUUUCGAUUUGGUUCGUGUGUAGCUUUGCUAUGCAUAAACAGAAAACAGUUAAUUACACAUUAAUUAGACAAUUCAAAUUGUCCACAGAAUUUACAUUUGUACUAUGUCUACAUUUCUAUUUGACAAUCUAUUGUUGUUGGCACAGAAAAGCGUGAAUUUGUAAAAACAAAAAAAAAGUCUUCUUAAUUGUAAAAUGUUGAAGGAGCAAACUAUGUUAUUGAUACUAAAUAUAUUAUAUUUAACUUUUUAUGACUAAAUACAUACGUACGUUUCGAUAUACUGCAAACGGCAGCAUGCCUACUACAUACAUAAAUAUAUGCUAACAUUAUGUUUAUACUUCAAUAAAUAUACACACACACACCCCAAAAUACAUACUCGUA